CAAAUUUAGGCGUUAGUUGUCAAACAAAACUUUAAAAUUUCAAAAAAGAUUUCGUUAAUUAACUUAUUUGUAAUAUCAUAUCAUUUAAAAUGGAUAUAAAUACAAGUUCUGUUCGUAAUUUCGAGCAUGUACACAAUCAAUUAGUUCAAAGAGAUCUACACGAACAACUAGCAAGCGCUACCCUCACUUCAGAGGUCUUAUCAAAACUCAACGUCGUACCAGAUAAACUACCACAAAGAGCACAGCAAAUGCUUCAGCAGUGUGCUAUCAAACAAGCAGAAUUCAACCAGAGUCUAGACCCCAUUUCCAUAUCACUCCAGACCUCGAAAGAACUAUCCGAAAGAUUGGAAGAUGAAUACGAGAUUCUAAAAUUGAAGCAAAUGAAUGCGACACUGCAAGCGAAAAUCGAUCGUAACCACAAAUUUAUAGAGGACUUAAGGGACGAAUUGGAGUGCUCGAGGAAGUCGUUGUCCCAGCAGAAUCCGAACCCAGAAAAUAUCCACGACCAUAUACGGCAGUUGAAACAGAAAUUAGUAUCGUAUGAAGAGAGCUGUGAAAAGGCAAAGGCAAAAUAUGCAAGUCUAGCUGUACCAGACGCGAUCUUGCCCAAAGCGCUGAUGUCACUGGUCACCACGUUGGCGACGCUAAAAGAAGAAGCCACGCUGUUGAAGCAGCGAGCUGAUGAUGUCGUGCUGAUGAACAAAACUAGGGAUACAUUGAGGAUGAUCAGAUAGGGAUAUCAUUCAUCAGGCAUGGAACAAUUAUAGGACCACGAUACAUUAAGAUUGUGCUAUUAAAGUUUAAAAAUUAAUCAACCAUUUUUUUACAAUAUUACAGCU